UCGACAAGUGGCAGACAUCACCGAACAGUCGUCGAGUCAAGAGAGUCAAUAGACAGACAGAAUGAACCACCGCUGUGACAUGCAAUUGGAUAGCCCCAGUGGGGUCUAUCGAGCCGGGGAGACAGUUAAUGGCCACAUAUACCUAACCCUAACGGAGCGUGCCCUAAUAAAAGCCGUUUCCCUGGAGGCAAAUGGAUUUGCACUCAUUGAAUGGCUGAAGGCCCAAAAGGCAGGAAAACCCAAGAAGUCCGACCAGAAAAAUGUUCAGGUGGAAAAGCAGCCUCUAGCUUUUGAGAAUCGUGUGGACUAUUUUGCCAAAAUCGAUUACUUUGUGGGAUCGGAGGCGGCCCAGCCACAGCUCAUGGAGGCCGGCACCUACAGCUAUGGUUUCCAUGUGAAGCUGCCCAAGAAUUGCCCCAGCAGCUACGAGGGGCCCCAUGGACACAUUCGAUACACUUUGCAGCUGCUCAUUCACAGCAGUGCGGAUCGACCCAUAGAUGUGAUUCACACUCGCCAGCUGCAGGUGUACUCCGAGAGCGAACUGUGCAAGGAGUCUAGAAGAGGCGAGGUACAGUGCCUGGAGCAGACGCCACGGAUGAAGUUCUGGCAGAGACCCCUGCAGCUGCAUCUGCAGAUCCCUCGCCAGGGAUAUUCCCCUGGGGCGGGUAUAUCAGUGCAUGUGAAGCUGCACAAUCCCCAGCAGCUGCCGCUCAAGGAGGUCGUCUACAAGCUCAAUAUGGUCAGCACCUAUGUGGGCCUGCAGAGGAACAAGCCAAAGCGCCGCGAUAUCAAAGUAGAGAGGCAAACCCUUCUGAGCAGCGGCCACGAGCUGGUCAGCCUGCCCCGCAGCGAACUGGAGCAUUUCCAACAUCUUCAUAUGCUCCAAGUGCCACAGACGCCGGCCACAUUAUCCUCGGCGGCCUGCGCCUGCCUGCAGAUCAACUACGAGGUAGAAGUCCUGGUGCGCACGCAGCAGGAGAAGCGCUCCAUCAUGGCACAAAUUCCCCUUACCAUCGGCAAUGUGACGCCACCCUGUCCGAACGCCAUCCGGUCAAUGGAUCCCCUGGUAGACUCAGCCCCGGAACAGUCGCCCACGCCGGGCACAGCCACGAAAUUGGCUCCCGACUUUAGCGUUUCCAUGACCUCAUUGGCCUCCAAUUUUCGCGAAGCGGAAUUUAUGACGGCCACCAAUUUAAACAAAACCAACAAGCAUGCUCUGUCCGGGGAGAAUCUGGACUUUAGGCCACGCUAUCUGUACUAUGAACUGGACCAGAACCAGGCCCAGGAAGAAGUUGCAGCCCAUUGAGUGGGGAGUGUACUUAUUCACAUAUAAUUUAUUUUAACAAUAAGGAAAUUCAUUUGAAAUUGUGAUUACUCGUACAAAUAUAUGUGCUUAUAUUUGAGAGUGUUCGUAUUCCAAAAUAUACCUAAACAAUAUGAAA